UUUACACGAAUGACUUCUUUUAGCAGUGUAAUUAACAAGAGGGUAGAGAAAGGACUCCCUCCACCGUAAACCGCCGUCGUGGAAAUCACGGCCACGAGCCACUUUGCGGCACCUUGCGCAGUCACCGACGAGGCUUAUCGUUAUUGAUGUGAUUCGGAAUAGCGCUUCCAUGAAGUGCCGAUCCGUAGCGUGCAUCUGGUCCGGUGCUCCGCCGUACCACAGAAUAACUGCCGCCGCAGUAUUGACCAGGCCGCCGACUCUCUACACCGGCGGAUCCGAUGGCUCAAUCGUCUGGUGGAAUCUAUCCGGCACCGAUUCCGACCCGGAAAUUAAACCAAUUGCUAUGUUGUGUGGUCAUGCUGCACCCCUAGCUGAUCUCGGCAUUUGUUUUCCUAUUGUGGACAAUUCAAGUAAUGUGAAAGUAAAGUCUAUUCCAGCUGAUCAUGGCGCUUUAAUAAGUGCAUGUACUGAUGGUGUGCUGUGCACAUGGAGCAGAGGGAGUGGACAUUGCAGGCGCAGAAGGAAAAUGCCACCUUGGGUGGGCAGUCCAUCCAUGAUUCGAGCAUUGCCUACCAACCCAAGAUAUGUAUGUAUUGCCUGUAGUUUCAUGGAUGCUGUCCAUUUAUUUGACCAACAUUCUGUUGAUUUGGUUGAAGGGGGUGAGGCUUCCUUGGAUAGAGAGUCUCAAUAUAGAAAACCCCCAAAAUGCACUGUAGUUAUUGUAGAUUCAUAUAGCCUUACUAUUGUCCAAACUGUUUUUCAUGGGAAUUUGUCUAUUGGGCCAUUGAAGUUCAUGGCUGUAAUUUUGUCCCCUGAGAAUUGUGAGAUGCAAUCCGCCCUCAUGGUUGAUCCAUAUGGUAAGCUGCAGUCGGUUCCUAUACUAAAGGACCCCACCUUAGGCGGGGAGAGUGGGGCUGGUUUGCAUAAAAGUUCUUCUCAUUUGGAUACAACUAUCUGGGAAGAUGGAUUGAGUGAGGGGGGUCCGGUGGUGUCAAUUGCAACCCAUGGACAGUUUUUUGUUCUUGUCUAUAGAACCUGUUGUAUAUUUAGGCUAUUGGCUAGUGGAACUGCAAUUGGAAAGAUUUCUUUUGUGGAUAAUCACCUCUGUUUCGAAGAUGGUUCAACUCACUUGCACAUUGUAGGGGGCAUGUUUCUUGAAGGUAAUGAUGCUAGUAGUAUGCCGAGGUCAGAAGAUCCCUGUGACAUAACUGAAGAAAAUUUUAUUGUGUGGAAUGAUAGAGGUUCAGCUAUUGUGUAUUCUGUAUCAUAUUUGGACAAUUUAUUUAAUUUUCAGCCUCUUUGUGAGAUCCCUGCUGUUUCCCAUCCCCAUGAUGCAAGGCUAUCGAUAUCUUUCAUCCAAUUGAACCAUUAUCUUUUUCGAAUUGAAUCCGCUUGCUUUCACAUUGAGGAACCUUUGCUGUGGAAACCUCUUGUUACAAUCUGGUCUCUAUAUCAACAACAUGAUGACAAUAGAAAGUUGUGUCCUCAAUGCAAAAUGGUUGGAAGAGGUGGUCUUUUUACAGACUCGGUUGUGGGCUUUGCUUCUUUUCAUAAAUCUGAGGGUCAUGGGCAUGAUGUUGGUAUAGAACCCACAGGCAGGGAGACUGAGUUAACUUCCCAGAAAAGUACAAUUCCAAGUCUAGAAAAAAUGAAUAAUAUUUGCAGAGAUGAUGAAAAAUAUAGUUUUGUGCGGAAGGAGCAGGUUGUAUCUUCUUCCAUGGUUAUCUCUGAAAACUUCCAUACACCAUAUGCUGUUGUGUAUGGCUUCUAUAGUGGUGAAAUAGAAGUUGCUCGAUUUGAUACAUUUUUCCAACUACUAGAGUCACAUGGUCAAAGUCCAUGUGUUGAAGUGGAUUCACAUGCAUCAAAACAAUAUUUUUUGGGACAUACUGGUGCUGUACUAUGUUUGGCUGCACAUCGAAUGGUGGGCAACUCCAAUGGAUGGAAUUUUAAUCAUGUUUUAGUAUCAGGAAGCAUGGACUGCACGAUUCGUGUAUGGGAUCUUGAUACUAGCAAUCUCAUUACAGUGAUGCACCAACACGUAGCUUCAGUACGCCAAAUAAUCCUUUGCCCACCUAGGACUGACCGUCCAUGGAGUGAUUGCUUUCUGUCUGUUGGGGAGGACUUUUGUGUUGCUCUCACUUCUCUUGAGACUUUGCGGGUGGAGAGGAUGUUUCCUGGACACCCUAGCUAUCCUGCAAAAGUUGUGUGGGAUGGUGCUAGAGGUUAUAUCGCAUGUCUCUGCCAGAACUAUUCAGGGACAUCUGAUGCAGUAGAUGUUUUGUUCAUUUGGGACAUGAAGACAGGUGUCCGAGAGCGCGUUCUUCGUGGGACAGCAUCCCAUUCAAUGUUCGAUAAUUUUUGCAAAGGAAUCAACAUCAAUUCCAUUUCCGGCAGUGUAUUGAAUGGAGAUACUUCAGCUUCCUCGUUACUUCUUCCAAUAAUUGAAGAUGCAAGCUUGUUUCAAUCUCAUUUUAAACAUUCAGUGAAGGGGAUCACUUUGUCAAAUACAAUUACGACAAAUGUAUCUGAGCCCAGUACUUCCCAAGCACAUGUUAAUGAAGGAAGCUCUAUGAAACUAAUAUCCACUUCAUCAUCAGUUUUUCAAGGCUACAAGCAUCCCGUCAAAUGCUCUUGUCCAUUCCCUGGAAUUGCUACUCUGAGUUUUGACCUUGCAUCCUUGAUGUCUCAUUGUCUGAAGCAUGAGUUCAUAGGAAAUGGUGGUGAUAAGCAAGAGAAUACCCAUAUGAGAGAACCGGGAACUGAGACACUGAAACCCCAUCACAUGACUGCAGAUGAUGGGUCUGAUUUAAAUGGGACCUUGAACAAUACUAUAGAAGGGCAUGACUGGAUUAGUUCACUUGAAAGAUACUUACUCCAAUUCUCCUUGUCCUUUUUGCACUUGUGGGAUGUAGAUUCUGAGCUUGAUAAGUUGCUAAUAACUGACAUGAAGUUAGAGGGACCACAGAAAUUUAUUGUAUCCCCUGGUUUCCAAGGGGACAAAGGUUCAUUGACUUUGACAUUCCCUGGUUUGGGUGCUAGCCUCGAGCUUUUGAAAUCAUCGUCAGAGUUUUGUGCGAUGAGGUCACUAACAAUGGUGUCCCUUGCCCAACGCAUAGUUAGCUUGUCUCACUCUAGUUCAGCAGGCUGCAGUGCUUUAGCAGCAUUCUAUACUCGGCAUUUUGCAGAGAAAAUUCCUGAUAUAAAACCACCUUCACUCCAGCUUUUGGUGAGUUUUUGGCAAGAUGAAAGUGAACAUGUACGUAUGGCUGCACGCUCUUUAUUUCAUUGUGCUGCUGCACGGGCUAUUCCACCUCCCCUAUGUAGUCGAAAAGCAAUUGACCAUACAAAACUUAUGAUCUCCACCAAUAGCAAGAGGGCAAAUGAAGAUGGAAGUUCAAACAAAGAAAAUGCAUAUAGGGAUGGUCUGAAUUCUGAUACACCCCCUGAAACACCAGGGGAUUCUCAGGUUGAGGAAUGUAAAAUACUUGCAUGGCUAGAAUCAUUUGAAGAGCAAGAUUGGAUUUCUUGUGUUGGGGGAACAAGCCAAGAUGCAAUGACAUCUCAUAUUAUCGUGGCAGCGGCACUGGCAAUUUGGUAUCCUAGCCUUGUUAAGCAAAAUCUUGCUAUGCUGACUGUUCAUCCAUUAAUGAAGUUGGUUAUGGCCAUGAAUGAGAAAUAUAGUUCCACAGCAGCAGAGCUCCUGGCAGAAGGUAUGGAGAGUACAUGGAAGGAGUGCAUUGGUUCUGAAAUACCUCGUCUGGUUGGGGAUAUAUUCUUCCAAAUAGAGUGUGUAAGUGGUACAUCUGGCAAUUCUGCAGCUCAAAAUCCUGCUAUCCCUGUCACUAUUCGGGAGACUUUGGUUGGGGUUCUUCUUCCAAGCUUAGCCAUGGCUGAUAUACCAGGGUUUCUAAGUGUAAUAGAGAGCCAAAUUUGGUCUACUGCAUCUGAUUCACCCGUUCAUUUAGUAUCCCUCAUGACUCUCAUCAGGGUUGUGCGUGGUUCUCCAAGAAACUUAAUUCAGUCCCUUGAUAAGGUGGUUAACUUCAUUUUACAAACUAUGGACCCUGGAAAUUCAGUCAUGCGCAGGACUUGCCUUCAAAGUUCAAUGACAGCACUGAAAGAAGUUGUUCGUGUAUUCCCUAUGGUAGCACAGAAUGACUCUUCAACACGUCUGGCUGUUGGGGAUGCAAUUGGAGAGAUUAAUAAUGCUAGCAUUCGGAUAUAUGACUUGCAAAGUGUGACAAAAAUAAAGGUUCUGGAUGCAAGUGCUCCUCCUGGACUUCCAAGUUUGCUCUCAGGAGCUUCAGAAACAACAGUGACCACUGCAAUUUCUGCUCUGAGCUUUUCACCGGAUGGAGAGGGGCUAGUUGCCUUUUCCGAGCAUGGAUUGAUGAUUAGAUGGUGGUCCUUGGGGUCAGCAUGGUGGGAGAAACUCGGUCGAAAUUUCGUUCCUGUCCAAUACACUAAACUGAUUUUUGUUCCUCCCUGGGAGGGAAUGUCACCUAAUUCUUCUCGGUCAAGCGUAAUGGCAAGCAUACUGGGACAUGAUAGGCAGGCCAAUUCACAGGAGAAUACUAAGGGAUCAGGGGACAUGGACUGUUUGAAAGUCUUGAUUCAUAAUAUUGACCUCUCUUAUCGGCUAGAAUGGGUUGGUGAACGCAGAGUGCUAAUCUUGAGGCAUGGCCGUGAAUUAGGCACAUUCCAGUUAUAAGCAAUUCAUUUUGCAUAUUCUUAUUUGUGCAAGCUCUUGAGGGACGCCAGUUGAAAUUCCCCAGAUUAUUGCUCAGUUUAACUUGCUGUCUCAACAAGGAAAAAAAGGAAGAUCCAGCUAGAUGGAGUCCUUCCUUUUUACACAUGAUUGGAAUGAGACCUCAUCCUUUGGCUUCUCAUCAUGAUUUCAAGCUUUUGAUCAACUCCCAUGAUUAGGGGUAAUAUGCAGUCUGAUGAUUUAUUCUUUUAUUCAUUUGAUGUUGGGUAGAUUGUGGAGAGAAAAUGAGGGGGAGAGGGAGAGGGGAGAAGAGGAGAGAUCCCUCACACACUUCUGGCCAGCAGAUCCCCCCAUGUAUUACAUAGAUUGGAAUGUCGUUACAGAGCCAAUGGCUCAUUUUUCUGUUUGGAUCUUGGAUUUUCUUUAGCCAUGUCUUUCUGUUUUACUGGAGGCAAGGCAAUUAUAUGUAUUAGUUUGAGAAAUUUAUGAUGGCUGUAGCACAAGGUUCUUUACUAUCACCAUUUUGAGAAGUUACAUGUCAUAGAGACGGUGGCUAUUGAUGAAUGGUAUCAUAUCCUUUGGAGAAACUUUUCUUC